AUGGCAACAACAAACAACCCUCUCGAGGGCAACCCGUCCGACCUACCCGCCAUCUCCAUACAAACCUACACCAUCGCCGGCAUCGUCACCCACGUCCACGGCCUCUCCGAGCUACCCCCCGCAACCUCCACCGUCGCCUGCCUAUGGCUCCUCCAUCCGCGCCUCCAGACCGCCGAGAAGAUGGCGCCGAUAGCCACCGCAAUCAUAUCCGCCUGGAACGCCCGCAUACACUCCGGACGUGCAGGCAAGAACCCCCCAAGCCUCAUCGCCGUCUCGUUCGACCAGCGCAACCACGGCACCCGCUUAGUGGACAAGCUGCACAAUGAGGCAUGGAGACAAGGCAACCCGCGCCACGCACAGGACAUGUUCGGCUGCAUCCACGGCACCGCGACAGACACCAGCCAGAUCAUGGACCACCUCACGUCGUAUGUGCUUACUUCGCCGUCCUCGCCCCAGAUUACACAGCACUUCGUCCUCGGCAUAUCGCUUGGCGGCCACGCUGCCUGGCAUUGCAUACUCGCCGAGCCUCGUAUCACCGCUGCGGUAGUAGGCAUCGGAUGUCCCGACUACACUCGCCUCAUGGCCGAUCGCGCGCGUCUCUCCAAGCUGGACUCGUACACGUCGAGCACACCCCCGGGCGCUGCGUUCCUGGGUAGCGCAGAUUUCCCCCGCGCGCUGCAAGAUGCCAUUGCGCAGUACGAUCCUGCAGGACUCCUGCUACCGGGACACUUCAAUCCUACGGGGGCCGACCCCGAAGUCGGCAAAGCGGCGACGGACAGGAUGAAAGUGCUUCUACGCGAGCGGCUACAUGGAAAGCGGAUGCUGAAUUUGAGCGGUAAGGAUGAUAAGCUUGUUCCGUAUGCGACGGGCGAAGCUUUCCUGAACGUGUUCACGCGGGCACUAGAUGAGGAGCCGAGCCUAGACGUGACGUUCGAGGAUGUUUUGUUUGAUGGCGUGGGACAUGCGUUUCCGCAGGCGAUGGUGGAGAAAUCGGCAGACUGGAUAUGUGGGCUGUUAGAGAAGGGGGAGGGUACCGUUACUAGUAAGAUAUAG